AUGCUGUCCGGUACCUCUUCCGCCCUGCGCACCAGCGCCCGCCGCGUUGCUCCCCGAGCCGCCGCCCUCGUUGCGCCCAUGCCCAAGAUCUCCUUCGGCCGAAGCUUCACUGUCGCACAGGCUCGAUGCCUCUCUUCCACCGGCCGUCUGUCCUACGCUGUCCAGACCAACCCUAACCCUCCUCUGGGUAUGAAGAAUGCCUCCAACGAUUCUCCCUCGAGAAUUGGCCUCAUUGGAGCUCGUGGCUACACUGGUCAGGCUCUUAUCGAUCUUCUCAACGAGCACCCCAUGAUGGAUCUCCGACAUGUUUCUUCUCGUGAACUUCAGGGCCAGGAGCUGAAGGGCUACAGCAAGCGCAAAAUUAUCUACGAGAGCCUGUCUCCUGAGGAGGUUGCCCAGCUGGAUAAGGAGGGCAAGGUCGAUGCCUGGAUUCUGGCGCUUCCCAAUGCUGUCUGCCAGCCCUUCGUUGAGGCUCUCGGCGACAGCAAGAGCUUGAUUGUCGAUCUCUCUGCCGAUUACCGUUUCGACGAGGACCAAAAGACAUGGAAGUACGGUCUUUGCGAGCUUCAGCCCAGAAGCCAGCUUGCCACAGCGACAAGAAUCUCCAACCCUGGCUGCUAUGCCACUGGCUCUCAGCUCGCUUUGGCUCCUAUCGUUGAGCACCUCGGUGGUAUCCCUAGCAUUUUCGGUGUCAGUGGUUACAGCGGAGCUGGUACCAAGCCUUCUCCCAAGAACGACACCAACAACCUCAAGGACAACUUAUUGCCCUGUCACAUCCACGAGCGAGAGAUUAGCCACCACCUGGGUAGCCCCGCUGCCUUCAUGCCCCAUGUCGCGUCCUGGUUCCGCGGUAUUCACCUGACUGUCAACAUCCCCCUGAACAAGGAGAUGUCAUCUCGUGAUAUACGCCAGAUCUACCAGGACCGAUACGCCGGCGAGAAGCUCGUCAAGGUUGUCGGCGAAGCUCCUGUUGUCAAGGCCAUCCAGGACAAGCAUCACGUUGAGAUUGGUGGCUUUGCUGUUGACAGCACCGGCAAGCGUGUCGUUGUAUGCGCCACCAUCGAUAACCUCCACAAGGGUGCCGCCACACAAUGCCUCCAGAACAUGAACCUCGCACUCGGAUACGACGAAUACCAGGGAAUCCCCAUCUAA